UGCCGUUGAAACUUGCCUAGGUGUGAUGGUACUGCGUCAGUAGAGACGAGGACGCGAGAGUGGACGGCCGCAUACGCGGUGAGCCGCGCUACCACACGAAUGAACGCUAAAUCUCCUAGUCCAGUAUAGCGCGGCAACGACCUCAAGCAACAUGGGGUCCCAGCAAUUCUGCCUCAAGUGGAACAACCACCAAUCGAACAUGCUGGCCGUGUUCGAGCAGCUUCUCUCCAACGAAGCGCUGGUGGACGUGACGCUUGCGUGCGAAGGUCUAUCGCUGAAGGCCCACAAGAUGGUUCUGUCCGCUUGCAGUCCCUUCUUUCAAGCUCUUUUUGUCGAAAAUCCCUGCAAGCACCCCAUUGUGAUCAUGAAAGAUAUGAGAUAUAUGGACUUAAAAGCCAUCGUCGAGUUCAUGUACCGCGGCGAGGUUAAUGUAUCUCAAGACCAACUCUCCGCUCUUCUCAAGACUGCGGAGACGCUCAAAGUCAAGGGACUGGCGGAAGUCACCGGCGAGAACAAGCAUGGUGCGCUUGUGAGUGUGGACGGUGCGGAUCCUAAGCCAGUGGGCACCCCCCGUGCCGAAUCUCCGCCGCUUAGUAAACGGAAAAGAGGGCGGCCUCGGAGACGCUCGCCUAGCGAUUCUAACAAAAGCGAUUCCGAAGACCAGGGUGGUCCUCCGGCGACGCGCAUCAAGGGACCCGAAAGCCCCGAAAUCAUCGAGGAUGGCAGUUUGUCGAGCGACCGUGUUACGGCCCUUCCGGCCGCUUCUCCUUCGAGUCGGACUUCUUCCACUGUGGCGGUGUCUUCUACGGCUGUGCCUCCUAGCGCGCACCUUGGUUCCACCGCCAAGGCCACCAACUCUUUGGCCACCUCGCAGCAUACUCAGGACUCCAUUGGUGACGACGUGGGGGAGGGCGACGAUGCGGACUUUGAGGUCGAGCCCUCUAACCUAAUGGAACAGUCCAUGACGACAGAGAACGUUCCUGUGUUCACGGACGUUGCCUCAUCAUCACAAGCACUAGGGAACGAGUCACAGCAGUCUCAUCACACAGGGUCCACAUCAGACAGUACAGCUCUUGUUCCUGUUCAAGCCUCAUUGCCUUCAGACAUCUCCAUUUCCAGUCAAGUGGACAUCAAACCGUCGCCUUCUAGUUUAAUACCCUACGACGACCAGGCGAUAUCGCCUGUAGUCGCAGCUCCUCCUGCCGCGGCGGCCUCCUCGGCGGAGGGCGCAUCCAUGGCUAUGAUGUUCAUGGACUCUUCGGGCGUCCCUGCAAUCGCCGGCCCGUCCAAUUAUCAUCCGGACAAGCAGCAGUCAACUCCAUCUCAUGGUAACCCUAAGAAUUCGAGUGCUGCUAAUACUUCAUACCCCACGGGUCUUGUCUGGGGAACUGUACCGCCCCAGAGUCGGGCAAUGGCAGCUGCAUCAUCCUCCUCGUGCAGAAAUUCUGCAGACUGGACUGCUCCUGGUCCUCCUGCAAGGAAGGCGGGCCCUUUUUGCCGAACCUGUAACAGGACUUUUUCAACACGUGGCAGCCUCAACCGACACAUGGAGAUGCACCAGCCAUUUCGUGUCAAGCAUGCCUGCCACCUUUGCUUCAAGGAAUUUGCUUGGCCUAGUGAUCUGACCACGCAUCUGCGCAUCUCCCACGGGUCACCUCACACGCGUCGUGUUGGACGCCUCAGCUACACCAAAGCAAAGCUACCUCCCAGCUGAGGCCCCAGUUUGUUUGCUCUGCGUGCAUUUGAUGGCAUUGCUUGCCUGCCUUUUGUGCUCACUGACUUCGAGAUUUACUUGGCAGUUCCCUACCUCUUUUGACCUUCUAUUGGUUUCUUGUCUGAAGGCAGGCCCUGUUUGUCAAGUGCAGGACGUUCUGGGUUCAACUCCCAGCAAUCACAACUUUAUAUUAUUAUGACCAAAUACUUGUUCUUGAGGUUUAAUUUUACAUUUCCUAAAGUCUUAGUAAUGGUAGCUUAUUGGAGCCCUCUCACGCUUUGCACCCAAUGCAAGAUGAUGACAUUACAUCACAGCAGUCAAGUGUUCAGAACUAAAGAUGUUGUUUUAGAUGCUAGAAUAAUGCUGUACCUCUAAAUUUAGUCAGUCGGUGAAUUAGGGUGUUGUCAGUCAAGCAGCUGGUAAAGCGGCUUUUUGUCCUGGUUCUGGCAUUUUGUCUUUGUUCUCUGCAAGGACUGAAUGUGAAAUAAACAAUGUUAAAAAAGGGAGCCUUUCCUAACAUGCACUGCUGCUUAUAACUGUAAGAACCAUUACAGGGUCAGUCAACAGGGGAAGUUAUUCCAGGUAACAUGCUCCCAAUGCAAAAAUAGCGCAGGCAAAGCAUGUGCAGGAAGUUUUUUGUUUAGCAGUGUCACUUCCUAGUGCAAACAUUGUAUUUAAUGUGGAUGGCUUGUGUAAAGAAGCUCUAUUUUUGGAGAGGUGGUUUUUGGGCAGCAUUAAACAGUGGGAGAAAGAUCUAGCUAGUUGAUGCCAACAUGUAUUGUGCUGCCACGCAUCAUACUCUCAUGUGGCAUCAUUAUGGUAAUGUGAGAGAGCCUCAUGCUUUUCAGAAAUAUUGUGCAGCACUGCUUUAUUGAUUAGGGGUGUUGAAGGUCGACUAAUUUUGGAGACAGACACAAGUCCCCAAGUGGCAUAGCGAUGAAACACUUCAUUGCAGCAAAAGCUAAUAAUCAAAGCUGCCAUAUUAGAUUAAAAGAAAGAAAAGCUAUUUAUUCCAUUAGUUAAUUAUGCUUGUAACAGUAUAACCUCAUUAUUCAUAUUUUUACCAUAUUGCAGGAAAAAAUAAGUGUUAGCUAAGAAAACAAACCCUUCAGGUACAUUUAGAUACUUAAUGUUGGCUAGAGCUUGAAUUUCUUAUUAGUUUGUUUUCAAUGCUUGAAAUAGCAUUAGUAGUACUCUAUUCUGUUGUUGACUGAGGUUGUUGGUGCAUGUCUGCACCAAUGCUUCUAAGGCCAGCAUGAAUGCCUAAGGCCAGCGUUGAAAAAUGAGGCAAGAUUAGACAGCACUAGUGUAAACAACUUUCUGGGUUAUUGCCAAUCUGUUUUUAGCCUGCUUUCAUGUUUUCUAACCUUGUUAUAUUUUUUUCGUGCAGUCCCCAAGGAUUCACGUAGAUAAAGGGUCAAUGCCGUCAAAAGCCCAAAAGCCUCAUUAGGGAAAAUACAUCAUCUGUUACCAAGAGAGUGUCAGUGGGACUGCCCGAGUGCUUCUUGUAAAUAUGCCUGGGAUUAAACUUGCUUUCUCUAUCAGUGGCCGCCCGCCAGAUUUAGCGUACAAAGCAGUGGCUUAGCCAGGAUUUUAUUUUGGUAUUGAGGAAGGGACUGGGAGCUAAAACCAUGCUGCCUCCCCGCCCUGUUGUUUUUGCCACUAGUGGCAGGACAGCAACUACUUGGCAAAAAUUUAGCAAGGGUGCGUAAUUUUUAAUGUGUUGACCAGUGAUUAGCAUGAGCAUGUAGCUGUUUCCAGGUUCUUGUUCCACUGUCAUAAAUUUGCAAAGUUCUGCAUUACACCACUGAUUACACCAAACUGUGUAAUCAGUGCAUAAUAGUGUGAGCCCAAAAGUAUUUGUUUAUUGGUAUGCUAUGGUAGCCUGGGAAUUCAUGAAAGACUUCUGCUGGUGUGCACAUCUGUGUACCAAGUCGAGUAGAAUAUCAUUCCAGAAUGAAGACAGCCACAUGAGAGUGUUCCAUGUUCCAAUGCUUGGACAUUGCAUUAUUUCAAGAUCAGUACAGCUCCGCCAGUGAUAAUGUGUAGUAGUGUGGUACAAUGUCGUUUUAUAUUCUAAAGCCUAUCCACACAAAUGAGAAAGAUUACGUGCUGGUGUAGUGCACUGCACAGCUCUGCAAGGUUUCUUUUGUAAUUUUUGUUUGUGAAUUGCAAUGUAACAUGUAACAUCACCUGAUGGCAAGAUAUUGGUAGGACUCUGUGGGAUCACAGUGUAUUAUUUAGAAAAAGAAAACUGUGUUGCGCUAGCUGGGCAAAUUUCACACUGCAUAAUUUUUUUAAAAGACUGGUACUCCAAUCAGAAGCUGUCCUUAGAUGUGUUUUAUGUUAAUUGUAUGGAAAUGUCAGUCAUGCAGAGGAGAUAGAGCUCUGUUGUCUAAAAACAUUACAGCAUGUAAAUGUUGGUCUUUAAGCAAUUUCUGUACUAGCUUCAAAGAAAUUCUUUAAAGGAUAAUGAAUGCCACAAAUAAGAAAUAAAUAAAAUAUGUUACCUCUUCUGUCACAGUCACUGAAUGCUCUUGACUACAGAACCUGCACCUGUCUUUUUAUUGUUUCUUCUUCGUAGCCUUUUCACUAUUUAUAGCAUGCUUGUCCAAUGUAUCAUCAUAGAAUUAGUGUUAGCAGAACACACUCAUCUUGAGACAUUUGAAAUGUGCAGGAGCUGUAGUCGUGAACAGUCAUCGCUGUGGAUAAUUUCCUCAAUGCUAAACCCACAGUGCCGUGUUAUGGGGGUUUGCACUCCAUGUCAUCGGAAAGCGGUGCCCAUGAGAGUGAUUGUUCCAGAUGGGUGGUUCUCAAUUAUGCGAUGAGCUCCUAUAGAGUGUGAAUAUCCGUUCAAAAGGAGCAAUUGUAUUUCUCAGCUGUUAUCGUCUUUUUCUUUCUGUGAUGAGGUGAGGGUGCGUUUGUAGGUGACUAUACUAAAGCUCACCACCAAAAAGCACAUUAGACAGAAAUUCAUCAGACCAAGUUUCACCAAAUUUAACCCAGAUGAAAAGCUUACUGGACAAAAAUGUUGCAUAGAAAUUAAUUUUUUGGAGGCAUAAAAUAUUUGGGAAGCUUGGAUAGGUUGGGGUCAUGUUAGGUUGAGUAAAUUUGCUUUGCUUGUUUUAACUUGGGUUACCUUAGUUUGGCUUAGUUUUCCUGUCAGUGUUGAUGGCUACUUGAAGCACCCAGACAGACGGCCAUCUGUUGCACCAAUCCAACAUGCAGCUUGGAACAGUGUAUUCAGUACUAUUUUUCUGUAUGUUCACUAAAAAACAACUAUUCAGAAAUACUCAAUGUGAUACUAAACAUUUGAAUAUGGUUCAAGUAGCAGUACAUGCUGGGUUCAUGUGCAAUAUUCUUGCUAUUUGUACACCACAAUCCACCAACUUCUGUCGGACGAGAUUUCAAGAAUAUGUGAAUCUGUGUUUAUAAAAAUAACUUUUAUAUGGUAUGCUUGCACCCAGUUUAAUAACAGUGAGCAUUCGUUGUUCUGCUCUGGCAAAUGGUGAUGUUUUAUAUCAGGUGAGCACUUGCCCAAGUAGCUUUAACCCGAAUUUGUUCUCAUGUAAAGGGUCUGCUUACAUGUGAUGGCCCCGGUGCAGGGAUUAUUGAAGAAUCUGAUGUGACGUCCUAGUUUUGUGUUAUGCAUUUAUUUUAACCUGCUUUUGCAGACUGGAAAAAGAAAGUGGUUUUUAAGUUCUCAGGUAGACAACCAAGCAAUUACAAAGGCGCUAAUUACCUCAUUCUGGCACUUGUUUAAGUUUCGAUAUAGGUUCGGUACUUUUGCAUACACAGCAACUUGCUGAGUAGGUUUUGAGUAUAGAUGCAGUGUACUUCUUGAGGUGAGGGCUUUUCAGCAAUACACUGUUGCACAUUAAUUGCUUGUACCCAAUUGCAGACUGAAAUAGCUGCAAUGUGGCUGACAAUUGUAGUGUUGUUGAUAAUUUAUUUGCUUUAUCAUUUCCUAUUCAUUUUCAUACCCUGCCCAUGGCUACUUCUAAUUGUUAUCUUUUAGUGUGCAAGCGACAUGCAAUGAGAAGUGCUCUCUGUUAAUUCAUGCACAAGUCUAUGCUGUGAGGCUACAUCUGUUAUGAAAAGAGGCUUGGGAAUGCUUUGAAGUGCAACAGAACCUUGCAUGUGAUGCAGUUGACACCGCAUGCAACUAUGAAAAUUUCUUUGUGUCAUGGAAUACCAUUAAAGGAGCAUCAAGAAAGAAAUAAUGUUAUGUUGAACUAGAUUGGUAGGUUAUACUUGCAAAUAGCAGCUAAGGGACAUUUCCUUAGGAUGGAGGCUUGAGCAGAAACAGUGCAAAGUAACAGGAUCGAAGAAAGGGACACACACAGCACCACUGUCUUCCCGCUUUUCCAUCCUGUUCCGUUGUGCUGUUUUUGCUUAAGUCAUUAACAAACCAGCCCAAAUGAGUAUGCUUCAACAAAGGCUUGUUAUUCCAAAAAUUGGCAUGAAAGCAAAAUGUGGGUGGUGACGCAACCUCUAAGGUUGUCCACCAGUUUCCCAUGAUGUCAUAAAUUGUGGCAGAAUAUGGCCAACACUACCUAAACAUUAAUUAAUCAAGAAAGGAAUAUUGCAUUAAUAUACAAAGGAUAACUUUACUUGGCAAUAAUUGUGGACUUUUUUAAUACACAAUGACCCCAAUAUGUGAAAAUGCUGGAAUGUUUGUGACAACACAGAAUGACAUCAAUCUGUGUUGCCAAGCCUCAGACAUGAGGUGUCUCAGGUUCAGCUUCACUUUGCGUUUACCUUCAGUGUUCUUUUAAACAUAAACUGCAAUCAAGGGCUUUGUAAGUGCAACAUAUUAGAACUAGAUCAGUGAGAAACAACUUCCAGUCAAUUAUUAUUAUUAUUAUUAUUAUUAUUAUUAUUAUUAUUAUUAUUAUUAACUAGACUCGUUACUACGGACUUUGAUAAUCCGACAAUAAAACGUUCGUUGUAUCCAAAGUCAGUAAUAUUCAAAACGCCUCACUCCCAAAACUUUUGCUGUGAUGCCUAACAACUUUUUUGCAAAGACUGAGUGACAAACUUUCAAAGUAUAUAUAUAUAUAUAAAAAAGAGAGAGAGAGAGAGAGAGAGAGUCGCAGUUUCGCCUGAAAGGUGAAGCAUCGAUUGUGAUAGCAAAUUAAGCAAGAUAAGUGCGGCAGCAUCAGUGAGCUAAUUGACCUUCAUGCUGUCUCUCCCUUCAAAACGAACUAAACUUUGAAAGCACAGCACAUACGAAGCUACCGGUUCUGGGCGCACUUUGUCCACAUCGCAGUUCGCUUUCAAGAUACGGUGACCACGCUGUAAGCAGCACCCGCUGCCGAAGUAAAACCCCUCCUUCUUCACCCCCUCCCCCCCCCAUGCCUUCCGUGCGAAAAAAGAGGGCGAGCUACUGCCCUGCCUUCCUUCCUCGCGUGUGUGAUAUUGAGCCGCUAUCGUCGGCUGACCUUCGCAAGUCAGUUGUCAGCUCAUUUUGACAUGGCAAAAGUAUGUUUGUACGCCCAAUUUCGGAAAAAAUUGCUGCUAAUUUUGUCCGCUGUAGCCGAUUGUCCACUGUAGCAUAGUCUGUUAGAAGCGAACUUCGUUGCAUUAAUAAAACAGAUAAAACAAACUAAGGCUGAAAUAUGGUCCAUUAUAUCUGAAAAUCUGUUGUAUGCGGGUUCAUUGUAAUGAGGGUAGAGUGUAUUAUUAUUAUUAUUAUUAUUAUUAUUAUUAUUAUUAUUAUUAUUAUUAUUAUUACGUGACGAUUUUUUCUCCAUACAUAUCUGAUCACUAUAUCGACUGAAACAUCCUCAAAACUGGCUUUAUUGCCUGUUGUGUACACAGAUGUCUUCACAGGAAUGCCACUUUGGAACAUACACUCUGGAACUUGCUGAGGACCAUACUUCAUGUACUGCUGUUCUGUUUUUGGACAGCUGUGUGCCAAGUCUUGUUCUAAAGAAUACACACAUUUUGACAAAGACAGCUUUUCAAGCUAUUUCUUUUUUGUUUUGUUUUGUUUUUCAUUUUAGAAGUGGUACAUUCUUUCAUGCAGAGGCACAUAAUGUCAUCAAGCUAAACUAAAUGCUUCCUGACUUUUUGUACAGCAUCAAGGCGCAGUAAAAGAAUCCUUCACUGGUGUUUGCCGACCUGACAAUUGAUACAUCAAAGACAGCGAAGCUGUAUAAGCAUAUUCUCACCCAUUUCAGAAGUACUAGAGGUCUGUUUGCUGACUUUAAUCACUUUCCUGCUUGUAAAUUCUCAGCUGGCUGUAGCCAUUUUCAAGUGUGCAACUUGCUGUACUCGCUUUGUCUGUUUUCCCCACUGUUUCGUCUUUUGAACACACACACUUGAGUUCCUUAGUGUAUCAAACCUUGUAACUGAAGGCUUUCAGAAAGGUAUUCAAUCAAUUCAACCUCGAGAGGGCGCACAUGGCAGCAUUUAGAGCAACCGGUGUGUUGGUCUCAGCAUAUGCAUGCAUUGUGCAAUGAUUACACUAGCGCAUCUUGUAGUUUUGCAUUGCGCAAGGGUAGAUAGUGACCCUCAUUUAAUCAAGUAGUUUAUAUUAUGAGUUUCGAAAAUGCCACAGAAGCAUGAGCUAAUUGCCUAUGAAAUCUACAAUAACCAACACACACUGCGCCUAGCUCUCAUGAUGCUGUGCCUCAUCAAGUGAUUAUUGAAAGGGACGAGCAUUUCAUGACGUGCAACAUGCAGAAGAAAUUGGCAAGUGCUGAAGCAACGUAUGCGUACUCAGUGAUGCAGAUAAGUCAACAUAGCGGGAAAUGGAGAUGUGGAUGCCGCUCUAUAUGUAUACAAUCCACCUUCAUGAAAAGGAAUGCAUUAGCAUGUGGCCUGUGCUUCAUGGUGGCUGCUUAUGGCACAGCCAGCAUGCGACUCCAAAGUACGACGAAUGUCAACCUAUGGCUACAGUCAAGUUAAGAAAGCUCACAGCACCACUUGUAGUUGGCGUUAGCAAUCGCUUAGUGGUGGCACAAUAAGUGGUCACCACAGAUCCCAGGCUACACUGCCGUGCAUUCCCUUUCAUAAAGGCGCUGUGUGUACAAUGGAUAGGGUUUAGCAACAACUUGUUUGCCAUCAGGUUCCACAGGCCAAACAUACACCCCACUGCUAACAUUGGUAGUGAAUUUCGGACCAUAAAGGGCAACAAUGCAGAAACUAAUGCCAAGAAGAAACAUUGAGAAGUGGCUUUAGGUAUAUGCAUAUAAGGUAGUGCAGUUGAAACUCGAUUUAAUGAAGUGGUGAUCACACUGUAAUUAUUUCAGUAAAUCGGGAAGUCUGUUUAAUUGAGGAAGGAAUUUUUCAGUCCUUCGAAAUCUAAAAUUGUAACGUAGCGGCACACAAAAGCUACCAUGGCAUUCUAUUUGCUGCUAAUCCAGCCAUCUGUCUCGUGAACCAUGGAAUAACGAAAGCAACUACCGCCGCCCCUACCGAGGCGGUGUUCAGUCGGCUGUUCCGUGCAUGGGCACGGUGUGCAGCCUUGUCAAAAUAAAGCUCAGGAUCUGACCAUGGGGCCUAACGUGGUAGCUUUGGAGUGCACGCUCAAAGAAGAACCUGUCUGUGUCAAAAUUAUAUAGAAAUCACCGCUUUUUUUACUCAUUUAUUUCAGGAAAAACUUUGUUAAAUCGAUUUCAGUCAAGAUUGUUUAGUUAAUUUGGGUUGAUGAUAACAUUCAACCAUAUGGGUACCUGCCGGGGAAUGGAACUUUCUUCGUUACAUCGGGAACUUCUUAAAAUCGGGUUUCAUUAGAUCGAGCUUUAUAUAUAUAUUCACUGCAAUUAGGUAUGAUUGAGUCAAAGCACAGUGAGGAUAUAUAAUUACGAGGGUCUGUAGAUCAUCACUAAAAUAGGAUAAAUUUUUUAUCUGUGCUACAUGUGCCAUAAGUGAGAACGAGGGCUAUUGCUGAUUUAUUUCCUGUGAAUGCAAGAAAAUAAGCAUUUUCGUGAGGUUAUUUGUUUUUUUAAGACGCCCUAAUUUUUCAGAAACAUCCUUUUAACAGCUGUGCAUGAGUGGGUUUAUGGCAUUGUUUAUAAAACAUGGCAGCUGGCAAGAUGUUAUAUAGUUGCAAGAAAAAAAAUGCACAUUCAUUUGAACAAAGGUGCUAAUUUUUUAUUGUGUGUUGAGGUGUAAUAUUUGGUUUACUUGUUCAUUACACAAUCUUAUGAUUAAGUCAAUCUAUUUAGCACAUUUAGAAAGUUCUACGGACGUUUCUCAUUUUGCCUUAGACAUAAUAAAGGGACACUAAAGAGCAAACAAAAACCAGUUCAGAUUUAAUGUAUUCUUUAAAAAAUAUAUUUUCAUUAAUUUGGUGGAGAAGUGGUUGAUUGCUAAUGGAGAAAAUGAAGGUCAAGCUUUCCUUUCUUGAGUUUUGUGUGGGAACCUCAAUGCUGGCGCGUCACUAUGAUGUUAUGAACUGCAAAGUAUUUUCUUUAAUUUAGAUUGUUUAUGAUGUUAUGAACUACAAGGUAUUUUCUUUAAUUUAGAUUGUUUUAGUGCAGGGAUAGUUAUUAAAACUUGCUAUGUUGAGGUUUUGGCUCCUUUGGAAAGCCAAUAUGAUCUUCCAUAAUCUAUAAAAUAUCAACUAGACUCAAGCCGAAGCUGCCAAAUAUGUGACAUCAUGGUGAUCUGUUGCAGGAGCACUUACUUUGGUCAAAUAUGACAUAGCAAGCAUUUUCUCAUGAUAAGCUUAGCUGUCAUAUUAUUGCAGAAGCAUAAUUUACUAACGCAACUUAAGUUAAUGUUCCUUUAAUGUCAAUUUUUAAAGGAGUGCUGACACAAAAAUUUGGUGUCCUCCUUUUCUUGCUUUUUUAGGUAGCUGUCGACUCCAUAGUUUCAGUACUAAGCCUUAAUUCCUCUAGGGCACCACAAAUGAAUCAUUACAGCACCUUUUGUACGGCCUGCCCAAGACACUCGUCAAGCGCAGCAUUUGCGUCAGGCAUGAAAAAGGUUGCUUCUCCUGUCGCCGAAAGUGUAGGUGGUGGGGUGUGGUGGUCGAAGGGCAUACAAUAACUGUGGUGGCUGCCAAACUGCCAGAGCUGUCAAACUGGCCCCUCUGAUUGGUCACAUCUCUUGAAAAUGCAGGAGGACACGCUCUCUCCCCUAGUGUCCAGCCAUGGCCACAGUGUGUGGCUGCAUCGAUCAGUAGUAUCUGGUACCACAAGACCACCACAGUAGGUUUCGGUGACGAAGUAGGUAACCUUUUUCAUAUCCGAAGCCACGCUGCUUUUGGCGGGCAUUUUGAAAUGGUCGUAAGAAACUUUAACGUAAUUAAUUAUUUGCUGCACUCUCAGGGAAUUGAGACCCCAUAACGUAAUUACUGGGUUGAGGGCUAUUGAAUAAAGUAAUAAAAAUGGCAAACAAUUUCUGUCAGUACUGCUUUAAAGGGUAAAACAUAAAAUUACAUUGAGCAUUUUAGCACAGUUUUGAAUGUUUAAACAAAUGUCUGAAGAACUAGCUUUCGUUGUGAUGAGCAAGCUGAUUUGGCAUGGUGCCAAUAUCUUCUAUAGAUGUUGUCUAUGUAUUGCCCAUCGUCAGUGCUAUUGGGCUAGGAAUUAUAAGACAAGACAGGCUAUAUUUUUGCACGGCAGCCUGUUAACAGGAUGUUGGCCUUUCUGCUACGUGGGCCAAGCUGUGUUGUAAAGUGUAUGCACAAGAAAAGGUACUACAUAAUUUGUUUGUCUUCCAUCCUCAGCUAAUGGAUGUUUCUGGCUUACUACAAUGUUGUGCAUGCAAUAAAAUGCCAGAUUGGGGACUGGUAUUUUCAUGGUACCCGCUAAUUUUGUUGUCAUGGACCUGAAUGGGCAGUUCAGAUAGUGAACUGCAGUCACAUUUGAUGCUAACUUUUCAGGGGAAGUCUGUCUAGAGAGGCACAUGCUUUCUGUAAACAUGCUCUUGACUAGGGACUUUGCACCUUUUUUCACUGCUUGGUUUGCACUUUGUCUAAUGAUGUAGGCAGCACCAGUUUGUUUCCUUGUCUUUUAUUUUUCUCUAUGGAUAUGCUUAUGACAUUUAUAACUGACAUAAACAUGUUUAUUCAGUAAUCAGUGUUGCACAAAUUUUUGAGCCACAUCUUGUCACCAUGGCUAAGGAACACAAUAUAGUACAUUUUAAUGCUGGUCAGCAAUUGGUGUGGAUAUUCUUCAUGUUGUGCAUUUUAGAAACUGUUCCUUUAGAAAUGGUUGUGUAUAAAUACAGUGCAGUUUCUUCAGCAAUUGGUUUAAUUUUUUGCUGUUUUUGCUGGUUCACUGACAAGAAACAGUGGUGUUAUUACGAAAACUGCCUUCCUGUGAUUGUAAAACUGCUGCUGCUUCAGCAAAACCUUUAAGAUAACAAGCCAGUAUUUUUUCUGCUUGGAGAAAGCAGCACACAGAUUUCUAAAGCAUUACUCGCUAAUACUAUAAAGUCAUUGUUUGUAACAUGACUGCAAAAAUAAUCUCUUAAGUAACAACCAAAAUGUGAAACACGUGCAUUUUGACCUAUGUAAACAGUGACAUAACUAGGCAUUUUGGCAGGAAUGGGCCUAGGAAUGUGUUUAUGACAUGGUGAACUUCGUAAUUCAAAGAAUUACUGACCUCACUUCAGUGUAAGGUAGGAAAUGGGGUGGGAGCUCAAGUACUAGUGACAUGUCUUUGGCUUCACACUUGUUUGGAGGGUUAUUUUGCCAUCCCCAUGAUGCUUUGCAAACACAGAUCAACACAAGCAACCUGUUAGCCAGUUGUAUGAACAGUUACAGCUAUCUUAGCAUUUUUGAAGCUCAUUUGUUUGAACAGCUCAGAUUUCUGUUUAUUAAACAUUUAUUUUGAAAUCUGACACAUUUAACUGGUAGGAUCCGAACUUACGUUGAUCUGGUGACUCAAGUUAGACAGGAGAAGUUAAUCAUCCUUGAAGGAUGUCAAUUAAAUUAUUUAAUGUUUCAUUGUUUGCCUUGCAAACACUGUUCUGUAGCCAUAUUUAAUUUCUUUUUCUUUGUUUCUUUUUUUUUUUCUUAGCAAAUGAUGGUUGCUUGUAAAGUGCUGUAGUGCCCUUUUUCAUGCCAAAGUGCAGUCAAGAUACAAAAGCAUUGUUGUUUGCUCUAAAAUACCUCUGAGAAUUGAAGAAACUGACAGUUUUAUUUAGUAAACUAGGAAACGAAUGAGUUUCUUUUUGAAAGUAUAUAGCUUUAAUGGCACUCUCAGAUUUGUUCAUUGUGGCAUUUAAUUGUCUCAGGUCUCUUUAUUAUUCCUUCUUAUGAGUUCUUACAUUUAUUUUUAUGUCAUGGUGCUUUAUCAUUGUUGCUAUGAAAAAGAUUUUUCACACUGCACCUUUUGGGCAUCUAAAGGAGCACUGACAUCAAAAUUAUUGCUUUUCUUUUUUCUGCUUGACAUGAUGCCACAGUUAACAUGUAUUACAAAGAAAGACUUGUUGUUCAUUGACAGAUGUCACAGUUUCUUAUUAUCAAGCUUCUUCUUAUUAUUUUUCUUUUAUCAAGCUUGAAACCAUGCCUGAAACACAUCACCAGCUGUGAUUAGCAUGUAUGUGAAAGUUAUGAGAGAUCUGGUGUUGUUUAUGCAGUUCUAGUGAACAUUUCACUGCAUAUUUCUUGCUAUAUAUUGUAGUGCAGUGUAUGCAUGCUUGCAUCCCUUGCAUGUCACAGUGGCCAUCCUUGUGCUCCUUUUGGCAUUUCUACACCCAGUUUGCAAUGUCAUGAGCUUGAGAAGCACAAAAGCAUGUUGUGAAAAAAUGCUUUUGGUUGGUUACAGAUUGCCAUUGCCAAAUUAUGGACUGCGGUGCAUAAUCGGUGAUUACAGGGAAAAAAGUACAGUCAAAAUUUUGAUGUCGGUACUCCUCUAACAGUGUCUUCUGUUUAUGAAGUUGAUGAGCUUACAAGCUCAAAGUUUAUAACAGCUGUGUGAGGGAAAGCAUGCUCAUGUUAAUUAUAUAUUUUUUCUGUCACUUUUUGACAAAUAAAAUCGUUUGUACUCUUUC